AUGAGAUAUAUUCCUCCAUUUGCUCUGUUAAUAUCGGUGUAUUUGGUCGUCACAUUGCUUUGCGAUAUAUACAAUUGUCAAGACAUCUGUCAACAACCUGAAUUAGCGAAAUAUGAAAAAGUAAUUUUUGUUAACGCUUCAUACAAAUAUUCACAUUAUUAUAAAUACUCACAACGAAUACGUACUAAUCAGUCAAAUCCAGUUGUAAAUGCCACGUUUGAAACAUUUAAUACCACACAGGAAAAUCGGCCGAAAAUUCCGCUUCAGUUUCUCGGAAGUGACAUUAAAAUUCUCUCGAUCGAUGUAGAUGGUUUAAUAGCAAUACAGAGUGAUACACGCGGACUGAUAAAUCACAUUAUGCCAGGCACUUUUAUCCCUCAAUUUGAGAUGCUACAUAACAAUGAAUCAAUUGCUGUGAAUUGGUAUUUUCGGACACGUGUUGGCGAUACACAUAUUACAAGCAAGGUCACUAAUCUGAUACAUCGAAAUGGGAAGAUAUCUAUCUAUUAUGAGAACAUUCCUACGGAAAUCGAAGAUAGGCAGCUGUACACAAAGCUUCAAAGUGUAGUUGUUUGUAGUGAUUUAGAUUCAAGUAAACUAUUUUGCUAG